UAUUGAAUAAAUUAAUAAUAGGAUGAAUAAAUUAAGCGUUAGCUAACUGAGUCGCUAAACCCAUAAUAAUUGUAAAACUCUGCCUAACUUUAGCAUGUAGCUAAAGCUAGCUAACCGAAAGUUGUGUGACGUUAGCUAAAUCGUUAAAAAUACGCAGGUUUGAGUGCGACAUCAGAAGUCAUUUAUAAACAAUGACAGUGCAAAAAUGAGUAAUAUAAGAAUGAACGGUACAAUAACAAGAUUUCAUAUAAGCCUCGCGUAACUAACGACAAAGUAGUGUAACAUCCACUGACAGAGGCGUCCUACUGGCUACUGUCUGUAUAUAUAGACUAUAGUGGUGACGUUUCUCUUCCUUUGGAGGCGUAACGUUAACCUCGCCUCGUAUACUAAAGUACUGGGUCAGGUCUGUGUGUCUCUAAAAAGUGGACAACUACUAUUUGCAAGCUCGGAUAUAGCACCAGAUUGAUGGAGAAGAAUGGCCCGAAUCUCGUUGGAUUGUCCCAACUCUUUACCAGGGAUCCCCCUCAGUGUGCUGUCAGUGCCCAUGGAGAAUAAGUACAAAUGUCAGCAGUGUCUCCAGGUCCUGAGGAAGCCUGUCCAGGCCCAGUGCGGCCACCGCUUCUGUGUACAUUGCUUCAAGCAGCUCACCAGUUCUGGCCCAAAGCCUUGUGAAGCCUGCCGCCAAGAGGAAAUAUAUGAGGAGCCUAUUUCCAUACUAAAUAGUAGUGAGGCAUUUCCAGACAAUGCAGCAGGUCGAGAAAUAGCAAGUCUGCCUGCUAGGUGUUUGAACCAGGGCUGUACUUGGACAGGCUCAAUAAAAGAAUAUGAGGCUCAGCAUGAAGGUCGCUGUGAAUUUGAGCGAAUACAGUGUGAGGCCUGCCAAACCUUAAUCCUUCGUACAGAGAAGGACAGACAUAAUGAGAGAGAAUGUGAAGCAAGAACACUCAACUGCAAAUACUGCAAAUUGACCUUCAACUUUAAAGAGAUCAAGGCCCAUGACGAGAUAUGCCUGAAGUUCCCCUUACAAUGUAAAGACUGUGGCAAGAAGAAGAUCCCAAGAGAAAAGUUCAAUGACCACAGCAGGUCCUGCGCCAAAUCAAAGAGUGCUUGUCCAUUCAGUGAAGUGGGCUGUAAAUCUGUGAUAGAGAACGGGAAGCUCAGCGACCAUGAGCACAGCAGCACCAUGGAGCACUUGCGUCUGCUGCUGCCCAUGGUGCUGUCUAUGGCUAAGCCAAGUGCAGAGGCUUCUGGUCCCGGCGAGUGGCAGGAAGACUCUGGUCUUGGCCUGUACAGGGCUCCUGAGGAGGGAGUCGCUAUGGGCGCUGGAGCUGGAGCCGCAGCCUCCACGCAGUCUGUGGACUUGGAGAAAAAGGUGAACGCCUUAGAAAACAUUGUUUGUGUCCUGAACCGGGAAGUGGAGCGCAGUUCAGUAACGUUGGAAGCUUUCUCACAUCAGCAUCGUUUAGACCAAGAAAAAAUUGAAAAUCUGUCUAAUAAAGUGCGGCAGCUUGAGAGGACGCUGACUAUGAGAGAUUUGCAGCUGUCUGAGACUGAACAGAUGGUGCGAGAACUCCAGUACUGCACCUACGAUGGAAUAUUUGUCUGGAAAAUCUCUGACUUUUCACGCCGCAGACAAGAAGCUGUGGCUGGUCGGACACCUGCGAUGUUCUCACCAGCGUUUUACUCCAGCAAAUACGGCUACAAAAUGUGUCUGAGACUGUAUUUGAAUGGCGACGGGACAGGUCGAGGGACACACCUUUCACUGUUCUUUGUUGUCAUGGGGGGCAAGUGUGACGCUCUGCUCAAAUGGCCUUUCAGUCAGAAGGUGACGCUAAUGCUGUUGGAUCAGAACAACAGGGAGCACAUUAUUGAUGCUUUCCGCCCUGAUGUCACUUCCACCUCCUUUCAGCGGCCGAUCAGUGAGAUGAACAUCGCCAGUGGCUGCCCGCUCUUCUGUCCACUGGCUAAACUGGCCGGCAAGAGCCCCUAUCUGAGAGAUGACACAAUUUUCAUAAAAGCAAUUGUUGACCUCACAGGCUUAUAAGGUGCAGGCUGUGGAAGCUACACCAAAAAAAACCCAAAUAUAAUAAUAAUAAUAAUAAUAAUAUAGGAUAUAUUAUAUAUGGU